AUGCAGCUUUCUGUACAAAUUGAGGCAUGGCGUAAUUUUUUCGAACGCUGCCUCUCAAAUCGUCUUGAACCCACUGACUUUACAACAUUCGCAACUAUCCUUCAUCAACAGCAUCCGCUCCCAUCAUUCUACUUAUGCACACUAUUUCUCUCUCCAACAUCGGGCAACAACAUUUGCCUUGAUCCAAAAGCCUCGCGAUACGUUCUAUGUCUUUUGAAUCUAGGAUUUGUUGAUAUACCUAACAUAUUACGUGCACUAUGGCGUUCAUCUACCUGUCGCGCUAUAAAUUGUGAACAGUUGAAUGGGGGCCAAGGAAAUUCAUGGACUCGCUCAUUUAAUGCCGAAGAAGCAAUCUUUUACCGUCUAACGAAAAUAAUAUCAUCAGGUCUAGCUCUAAAAAUCGUCAAGGAAGCUGUUGAAACUGUUGAAUUAUGUACCCAAUGGUUAGAAGGAACUAUUACACUGGCGCAAGCUCAACAUCAGCUACUAGCGCUUUUGAACGUACAGAGCGAUGAAGUUACCGCACAAAUAAUGGCUACAGGUACGUUUGUAGUGACUGUUCUAGAAAAUGAAUUUAUCCAAUCAGCCAUCGCCAAAGGUCAUGUUAAUAAGACUUCACGAAAGAGGCUUGAAAAAGUAGUAUCUAAUUUCAUAACCUUGAUGCUCUUGCAUUGGCCACAAGGAGUAGAUCGUUUGGAAGCAUUUAGGACGGAAACUUUGCCUGCAAUCGAGCCUGUGGAGAAAACUAGUAAAAGUGGCGUUGACAAAGAUAUCGACGACAUAAUUGGAGAGGGUAUAAGUGGUGCAAUAUCAGUAAAUAAUAUGGUGGUCAGUGAGAUGGACGAAGUUAAUACACGAGUUGGCUUGUACAUAUUUUUGAGCUCAUUGCUUGUUGGUAGACCAUUGAUUGACGAUAAUGCAAUAUUUAAAUUUCUAAACAAACGCUACCAGCAGGGUGAUUUGCGUUCAACCGUUGUGGAUCUGAUCCUAGCGGCCUUUGAUGUUCUUGCUAAUGCGAUGGUUCGGAACGAAAAAGACCAAACAAAGAACCUCCUCAGAUGUUUCUUGAUAAACAAAUUGCCGCUUCUUUUGAGUACGCUAUGCACUCAGCUCUUUCCGCCUAUUACCUCGGAAAUUUGUAUUACUGAAGCUUUAAGUCAGGUUGACACUACUAAUUUUCCCACACUCUCUGCCAUGUUUGAUGAGACGAGUGGUAAUAACAUGUUCCCCGAAUCAGUUCGUCAAGACUUUUGUUUUGCUUGCUGCUUGCAUGGAUUAAUUGCCGAAUCUAGUAUUGAAACUCUAUUGGGUGAUGUGCCAAUUCAAAGUUUGCCGGCUGAAGGUAGAUAUCUGAAAAAUGAACUGGUCCAAAAAUGCUUGUCAGAAUCAGAUCGAGUCGAAAGAAUGAUCGAUGAGUUAGAGUAUAUGGAUGGAAAUGUUGGUGCUAACAGCCAGGCAAUCACUGAGCUGAUCACAAGGCUUUGCAACAACAAGGAGACCAUGGCCUUGAAAUCUAUUUGCGAUAAACUAGUGAGGAAUCCCUCUUCAUUAGACAUAAUGCUUCUAUUUGAUAAGCCUUUAUCAAUCCUCCAGCCCAUCUGCGACUUACUAGACAAUUGGCACUAUGAUGAAGAUCAAGGUGAAUAUCAACCUGUCUACGAGGAAUUCGGAUCCAUCUUGCUUCUACUCCUGAGCUUCGUCAAAAGAUACGACUUAACGCCACUUUCGUUAGGCCCUCGUCCAUCGGACUCUUUUGUCCUGAAAAUAAUACAAGUACCUCGUACUACUUCCCAUAGUUCUCUCUCACAAACAACGCAAUCCCACCUCAAAAGCUGGCUUCUUGGUCUUUUUUCUCCUGAAAACAGUGGCCUCACAGACGAUCUUAUGUCAUCCUGUCCACCCCAGGACUUUUAUCUUUUAAUUCCUUCCUUAUUCUCCAGUAUAGUCCUCGCUUCCUCUACCUACGGUCUUGUCUCCACGACACUUUCUUCUGGGCUUGAGUAUCUAGUAGAUACCUUCUUACUUCCAUCUCUUGUUCCAGGAAUUUCAUUUCUUGCGACACACUUAUGGGAAAAUCACGGUGAUAAAGAUGCUGUAGUUCAAAUACUCUCUUCCCUCAUCAUUACUCCACUUUCCAAUACAAAUAAUAUUAAUAGUGAAGCUGUACAAAAGCUUGGUGUCGUUCUAAAUAUCACUGCAAAGGAAUUGGAACACUCUCUACGAUGGCUCCAACGUGCAGAACCUCAGCGUCAAGACAUUGAACCACUUUCUAAAGCCUUGCGAUGCUAUCUUGGAUGGGAGCGUUGUGCGGUAUCUCAACACACGGAACUUGAAAACUGGACAUCUACCAAUGGUGGUGGCCUUUUAAUGGCUAUCAAGCAAACUAUAACAAAUUUGCUGCAAUGGCAUCUUCAACCUGAUGGUAAUCCAGCAAACUAUACUCACCGUCAAAUCCUGGUUGGUGUUAAAAUCCUCGGCGCAAAAAGGGUUAUAAAACUUAUUCUUGAAGAAUUAAAAUCCGGAAUUGAGGCAGGUCAUGGAGGAGCUGCACUCGAUAUCGCGAGUGCUAUAGUGAGUAGCAGUGAUGCCACAGCUUGGGACUCUACAUUUGGACUUGGUAGUACCGUAGGUAAUAAUGAAGGAACUCGAUACCUCCAACGCCGCAUGAACCUUCGAGAAGCUCUCAAAAAUGAAGCUUAUAAUGCCCCAAAAUUGCAACGGACUGAUCCCUUCACUGCUGAAACCAUAGUGCGACUUUACCGUAAAGUCGAAUCUCUCGUCGUAAAUGGAAAUAUAGAAGACCACGAGGUUUUGACAGCAGCAGAACUCAACGCUGUAGUUGAUAUGAGCGGCUUAGCUCAAACGGACGGUAACCAUGAUGAUAUGUCAGGUCUCGAUAAUAUAGGUACAAUGACAGGAUUGGAUAUGGGUCACAUGGUGAAUUUUGAUGGACUCGAUGAUGGUUUCGCCGAAACAGGGGUCAACUUGAUGAUCGAAGGAGAUUUCAUGAGAAGUGAAGAAAGACGAGUAACUCUGUUGGAAGGGAUGGAAUUCUAG